GAUUUUUCUUCUCGAGUCCCUGGCAUUUACACUUGCCCAUAUCUUGGGCCGGGCCCAAGAAUCGCUUAGCUCCAUAGAGAAAACAUCGGAUCCAGUACUGUUUCACGGACGCAAAAUUCUGCCAUUUUAUCGACUAUCCGGAGUGGCAGCUGCCUCCGUAUUGGAAAACCUCAGAUAAUGGCGGGCGGCGCCAUCACAGUUUUAAAUUCUGUUGUCACAAGUAGUUUGGUCUCUUCAUUUUUAUCUGCUUCCAGUUACCGGGGGAACUUAAUUACUCCUAUCAACCUCGUGCGCACGUUAGCCUUCACCGCCCUAUUCAAGAAUACUCGCCGUCACCAGACCUUCAAUAACAGAAACAGAAGCUUCAGCUGUGAAUCCUCUGCUGCUACAGAUAUCAGUUCAACUUCUUCCACUUCUCUCUCCAAUAAUGGCUACCCGAUAUAUAGCCGCCUUCUUCCAUGCCCCUCCCAUAAUGGGCCUCCAAGGGUGGAACACUUGGUUGUUUCAGAAGGAGGGUCUGUUUUAGAGUAUAUUUGUCAAGCUUUGAGUCUUCCUCCCUUGUUUGUUGCAGAUCUAAUUCACUUUGGAGCAGUAUUUUAUGCUCUUGUAUGCCCAGACCCUCCUCCGAAUGCCACGCCUGAGCAAAUCAAAGUGUACAAGGAAGUUACGAAUCCAUCAGUUCUGAGAACAAGAGCAUCUAUUAAAGGGAAAACUAUACGAGAAGCACAAAAAACUUUUCGCAUAACACGCAUUGAUGAAUUUGUUGAAGCUGGAACUUACUUACGAGUGCAUGUACACCCAAAACGCUUUCCAAGGUGCUAUGAAAUUGACUGGAGAUCUAGAAUCAUUGCUGUGACUGAUUCCUACGUUGUUCUGGACAAACCUGCUGGUACAUCUGUCGGAGGAACUACGGACAAUAUUGAAGAAAGUUGUGUGACAUUUGCUUCGCGUGCCUUAGGAUUGGAUGCUCCAUUGAGGACUACCCACCAGAUUGAUAACUGUACAGAGGGCUGCGUCGUGCUAUCAAGAACAAAAGAGUACUGCUCAGUUUUUCAUGGAAAAAUAAGGGAGAAAAAGGUGAAGAAGCUUUAUCUUGCUCUUGCUGCUGAUCCUGUGUCAAUUGGAGUAAUUACACACUACAUGCGUCCAAUUAAUAUUGCACCUCGACUUGUUUCUGAAGUCAAACCUGAUGUGGUCCAACCAGAUUUCGUUAAAGGAUGGUAUUUGUGCCGACUUGAGGUCUUGGAAUGCAAGAAGGUUCCAUGGCCAGAUGCUUUAACUGAAAAGAAAUAUAGUAUCGAAGAUUGUGGAUGGCCUGGUAAAGACUUUGCAUACGAAUGUAAAAUUGACCUUUUGACAGGUCGAACGCAUCAGAUUCGGGCACAAUUGGCUGCUUGUGGUGCCCCAUUAGUGGGCGACUCCAUGUAUAUGCCAGCUGCAAUUGCUGAGAUGCGCAAACCAGGGCUUAAUCCAUUUGGCAAGUACAAAAAAGCAUAUGCCACUGAGAAUGAUAAAGAACUGCAUGUUGAAGAGUGGAUUGCAUGCCAUGGAAAGGAACCUAGCGUUGCUAUUGGUCUCCAGGCAUGUCAGAUUUCGUGGGAUGAGGGAGAGCACGUUUAUGAGGCUAGAUCUCCAUGGUGGAGGUAGAUAGCUAGAUGCAUCAGCUUUACCAGAGUACUUGACAAAAUUGAUAGUAUUCUCUUGCUUAAGCACAGCAGAACAGCAGGUCCAUAACAUCAGAUAUUCAGCAGUCCAAUAGAAAAAAAGCCUCUUCGGUGGUUGCAGCAGCUGAUUCACCCUCUGCAGAACUAGCACCAGCUUGGGUUCUUAUCAGAACCCUUCUCUUCCCAAACCCCAAAUUUUUAUAACAUAUAGAAGGAUAAAAUCCUGAAAAUAAUCAACAAAUUGGAGAGACGAACAUAGAAAUUGGGAAUUAUAUUGUCCUUAUCUGCUGUACCAUUUUCUGUAAUAAUUAUUGGUAUGUUAUUGAAUAUUUCUUAUAAAUA